AGAGUCACUCGUAACAAAUAUGGCUUCAAAUUAUUAGCUCAUCUCUCAUCUUCAUCUUCUUCUUCUUUUCUCUUAUUCCUCUUUAACUCUUUUUAUCUAUUCUCGUUUCCGCCACCCUCCGAGGAGAAGGUGCACCCGCGGCGUAUGUUCCCACCGAUGUCUUUCUCAUCAAUUGUGGUGCUACCUCCGAUACCAACGACGCCAGCGGCCGAACCUGGACGACAGAGUACGAGACGCUUAUGCCGUCGAACUUAGACAACCUGUCGUUUGCUGCAAGUCCUUCAUACCAAGACGUUGAGGUUUCUCAGGUUCCUUUCACGGAAGCUCGGAUCUUCCAAUCUGAGUUCACUUACAAAUUCCAAGUCUCUCCAGGCUGGAAAUUCCUCCGGUUAUACUUCUAUCGGACCCGUUACGGGUCCGACUUCAGUUCCAACAGUUUUUUCUUCUCUGUCACCGUCGACGGUUUAACUCUCUUAAAGAACUUUAACGCCGAUUUAACAACGGUAAGGACUUAUGAACCGGAAUCAAAAUAUUUUAUCAAAGAGUUUAUCGUUACGGCUUACAAAACUCUCAGGCUCACCUUCACGCCCUCUACUGAUUCGUUAGCUUUCGUUAACGGCGUGGAGAUUGUCUCCAUUCCUGAUGGUUUUUACACAAAGGGUGGGUUUGAUGACAAAAUAAAAAACGUGGGUUCCAACAUUGACUUCGAGUUAGAUGACGAGAUAACAUUGGAGACCGUUUACCGCUUGAACGUCGGAGGACAUAUGGUUUCUGUAGUCAACGACACUGGAAUGUUCCGACAAUGGUUUUCUGAUGAUGAUUUCCUUCUCAGUGAGAAUUCAGGAAUCAUACCAGUGGUAGCGAGUGUGAAGCUGAACUACACAGAGAAGACUCCCGCUUACAUUGCCCCGGAUGAUGUGUACAAGACGUAUCUAACGAUGGGGAACGUCAACAACCCUACACUCAACCUGAAUUUCAACUUCCCAGUUGAUGCCGGGUUUAACUAUCUCGUGAGGCUUCAUUUUUGUGAGACUUUACCAGAAGUGAACGAACCUGGCCAACGUGUCUUCACCAUCUUCAUCAGGAAUCAGAUUGCAAAGCUUGAGAUGGAUGUGAUUGACAUGAGCGGUGGUUCUCGCAUGCCAGUGUAUCUAGACUUCAGUGUAUAUGUGGGUUCUGAAAGUGGUCUUAGACCUUAUCUACGACUUGACUUGCAUCCUUACACGGAAAUUGCCCCAAGGUAUUAUGAUGCUAUUCUGAAUGGUGUAGAGAUUCUGAAGCUGAUCAAUGAUGACGGUAUUGCUGGACCAAAUCCAAAGCUUGUAAUGUCCGGGGGCGAGUCACAUGUGACUGGACAGAAACGGGUCAUCACAAUAACACUCAUAGCUGUUGGUUCUGUGACUGGACUGGUGUCUAUCCUUGUCUUACUAAUCUUGUUGGUGCGACGUCAGAUAAAAAGGAAGAAGAAUAGGCAGAGCAAUAGUGUCGCUAUGUUUAAGGUACUACUUAAACACUACACUUACGCAGAAGUGAAGAAAAUUACAAAAUCAUUUUCACAUACGAUUGGAAAAGGAGGAUUUGGAACUGUUUAUGGUGGAAAUCUUUGUAAUGGUCGUAAGGUUGCAGUUAAGGUAUUAAAGGAUUCAACGGGAAAUGGAGAAGAUUUCAUCAACGAAGUUGCAAGCAUGAGCCAAACAUCUCACAUAAACAUUGUUUCUCUGCUUGGUUUUUGCUAUGAAGGGUCCAAAAGGGCGAUUGUAUAUGAGUUUCUCGAGAAUGGGUCUUUGGAUCAGUUUAUCUCUAGAAAGAAGCCUUUGACUCUGGAUGUGACAACUUUAUACGGAAUCGCGCUAGGCGUUGCUCGGGGAUUGGAGUACUUGCACUAUGGCUGCAAAUCAAGAAUCGUCCAUUUCGACAUUAAACCUCAAAAUAUUCUGUUAGAUGGUAAUAUUUGUCCUAAAGUCUCAGACUUUGGCCUUGCUAAACUAUGUGAAAAAAGAGAAAGCAUUGUGCCACUGAUAGACACGAGAGGAACUAUAGGUUACAUUGCACCUGAGGUGUUCUCAAGAAUGUACGGUGGAAUCUCCUAUAAGUCUGAUGUGUAUAGCUAUGGAAUGCUGGUGAUCGAGAUGUUGGGGGCAAGAAGCAAAGAAAUAGUUGAAACCACGGAUUCCAAUGCUACUUCGGUAUACUUUCCUGAUUGGAUCUAUAACGAUCUUGAAAAUGGACAACAAACGUGGAUACUCGGAGAUGAAGUAACUAUGGAGGAAAACGAGAUUGCAAAGAAGAUGAUAUUGGUGAGUCUCUGGUGUAUUCAACCAUGCCCAAUGGAUCGUCCACCCAUGAACAGAGUUGUUGAGAUGUUAGAAGGAAGUUUGGAUUCUCUUGAAAUUCCCCCGAAACCUUCUAUGCAUAUUUCCAGAGGGUUUGUUACUGAUCAAUCUUCUUCUCUUCCUUUAUUUUCUCAUGGCGAGGAGGAAGCUGGAGGAAAUACUGAAACCUUUGAAUCUAUAAAUAUUUAGCACAAAAUAUGUUUUUGAUGAUUCUAUAGAAAGAAGUCCAAAUAACAAGAUAGAUUGUAAGAAAAACUUUAAUAUUCUUUAUUAAAAGAAUGUUCAAAACUACAACUGCCUUUAUGUUUCUCCUUGUGUGAAAUAUAUACAAGACCCAUAGCGUCCACAUUGUAUUUGCUGUUACUUUUGGGUAAAGUUGGCACGACCGAUUCAUGUGCUAUUUUAGUUUUCAUCAUCAAAACUGAAAAGUAAUAUGUAUUCCCAAAUCGUGGAGGACAAGAAACAACAACACCAAUUGGAAUUGGGGAAAUUGGGAAUGUAUGUUAUAUAGAGAAUAGAUCGCAUAGAUAACCAGCUCUGAAUCUCUGAUAUCAAAUGAAAAAACCUAUAAUGUUGAUAGUACGAAAGAUCAUAGAGAAGAGAUUUUUCUUCAACGAAUACCUUUAUUAGAAAUCAUCUGAACAAACUUUAUUGUCUUAUUCAAUUAAAUUUAUGUGACACCACACAACUUGUGUAUAAAAAUGACCAAUUCUUAACCAUCCAAGUAAUUUCUAACGAUAACAGUUGUUUCUCUCAUAAGAAACCUCACUCACCAAAAACCCUAAAUUUGUGUUCUUUUGAUCGUGCUCUGUAACCUCUUCCAACGGCAAACUCCAUUAGGUGUGCUUCAAUAUAUACUAUAAUAUUUCCAUUUUUUUCAUAUUUGUUUUUUUCUUCGGUGUCACAUCACCACUCCAAAACCGCAAUCUUCUUUGUUUACUUGCACCGCAAGCUAGUUUCAUUGUGAGCCUUAAUUAAUCUUCUUGAGCUUACACUUUUAUAGUUGCUGGUUUCUUUUGUUGCAUUUCUCCCAUCUCCUUUCAAAAUGAUGUUUUCAAGCCCCAUUGGUGUAGCAAUAGUUACUGCUGGAAUGUCUUGUAUGAGUCGGUAUACUACUGAUCUUGGUGUUAAUAGCCGAUGUUGGUCAAGGGUUACCGUUGAGGAUUUUUGGCUCUCAACCUUGACACGAAAACCAUUGAGCAAGAUUUUUGUUGUUGUUAGUGCAAUAAGAUGUUGAUGCAACAACUAUCAAAACAAACUUUUGAAAGAUAAGUUUCAAUUAAAUCUUGCAGAAAGUGGAUUUGAAUCCGCUUGAAGAUCGAUGAACAAGACAGUAGUUCAUCUCUUUCAAUCCACAUAUUGAUGAAACUCACCUUUCCGGUUUGAGCAGCACAGGAGAGAAGGUGGCCCUAAGCCGCCGUAUGAAAAAGCAUUGGCAUUUGAUCGGCUGGGUCAGGAAUCACACCAUUCAUAUUCAUCAUCGGCCUAUGGAGAGCUUUGGGUCCUCGUUGUGGGUUAACACCUUCUCGGUCUUGGGAUUUGGCGUUGGCGCAACUCCAGGGCCUAAAUGUUGAAAGUUAAACUUGAUUUGGAUCACAUUUUGGGCUAAUAAUUUACUAAUCAUUUUAGCCCAAACUUAACUCAAUAUCUAGAAUUAUCCUCCACCUCCAUAAGAUAAAAAUCUAGAUAUUCUCAUAGAAUUAUCUAGAUAAUUAGGAUAAAAAAUCUUAGAUAUUAUGCUAGAAUUCUCUAGAUUUACGAUUAAAAUAUGUAAGAUAUUUUGUACUUUGGAGGCUAUAAAUACCUCCACUCCCCAUCAUUUUGUAUCAUCAAGAAAUAAUCCAAGUUUGUAAUAAGUAAUAAAAAUCCUCUUCUAAGUUAU